AUGUCGCACACUGCUAGCGCAUCUCUGGACCAGCUGAACAGGGCCAAGAGCUGCGCCCGCGGUAAUGAAAAAAAUGAUCCCUCUUCCUCUUUUCUGUAUAUCUUCUGUUCCCUCUGUCGACAUUAGACCUAAAUCGCUCAUGGUCCUCCAUUAUUUCAAGAGGGCGCCCUUGCCGGAGCCAAGGCUGCUGUCGCCGCCACCAUCGCGUCCGCCAUCCCAACUGUAAGCAUUUCCGUCUUCUCCAAAGAGGAGGCUUUUUUGCAGAGAGAGGAGUGAGAGCGAUAUCAUGCCCUGCCUAUUGGGGGGAGCUGACUGAAUGUCACACCAAAAAUGGGUUGGAACCGAAACAGCUGGCUAGCGUGAGAAUGCUGCCGUGGGCGAGGGCCAACCUGAACCCCACCGCUCAAGCUCUCAUCAUCACCACGGCAGCGGGUGCGGCCUACUUCAUCGUCGCCGACAGGACCGUGCUGGCCUCCGCGAGGAGGAACUCUCUAGAGAAGGCGCUGCGUGGGGAAUAA